AUGAACAAAAGGGUGAUGUGGAAUUUCAUGAUUAAACAAGCGAUUACAAGGGCAUGUGAUUUGAUUUUGGCUCUUUAUGGAUAUGAACAAGUCGUCGUCGACCUCUCUUAUAGCUACAAAUGCAAUCAAUGGUUAAAGGAAAGCUUGUGUGAGGGUAUUAGAAGAAUCGACAGUGAUGUUGAUUAUUGGGAGUUUGUGGAAAUUGUUUAUAGUCUUAAGAGUGAGUUAUAUGUGUACAUUGACCACCGAAAUAAACCAAUUAUUGAUUGGGCUGAUAACGAGUUGUUAGCAGAUGAUAAAGGCUAUGAGUCGGAUGAGUUGGAUGAAGAGGUUGACAAUGAUUCUGAACUUUCAGAGACAAUGGAAUAUGAACAUGAAUGUGAUGAAGAGGUCCAUGCUUUUGAUAAAACUGUUGGAGACCCAUUCGUGGACAAGCUUUCAGGACAUAUAAGUGAUGAUGAUGAAGAGGAAGAAAACAAUGGAAAAUAUAAGGAUGUUGUGUUCCCUGUCCAUAAUGAGAAUCAAGAAUAG